AAGAGGAAGGAGCAGGGAAUUCUCACACACACAAAGAAAAUCUGUAGGGGGGGACCCAGCAGCUUCACAGCUCUGCAUGAGGGAGGACACAGUCACAUCCAGCCAACUAAUAUAGGUUACUGUGCAUUAUAUGACGCUGACUCCUGCCUGGAUUUGCACGCCGUGCCCUCAUCCCCAGAGAAAUCCGCUGCCUGGAUGGAGCUGACCAGGGCACCCAGCCACACCAGUCUGCGGACCGCGCUGCUGCUCUCAGCUAUCAGCUCCAAAUCCUGCCUUGCAAACUGUGGAACAGACUGCAAAUCCUAUUGCUGUGAUGGGACUCCUCCUUACUGUUGUUCCUACUAUGCCUACAUUGGAAAUGUCCUUUCGGGCACAGCUAUAGCUGGAAUAGUGUUUGGUAUUGUCUUCAUCAUGGGAGUGAUUGCAGGAAUUGCUAUAUGUAUCUGCAUGUGUAUGAAGAGCAGCCGGGGGAGCCGCGUAGGGGUGAUUAGGACGGCACAUAUCAACACCAUCAGUUCUUACUCAGUUUCACCACCACCUUACAGCUAUGAAUAUGAGAUGGAGUAUCCUAUGGAUCUACCUCCUCCAUAUACACCAACACCCCCAGUGCCUUUACAAUAUUGUGCUCCACCUCCAUAUCCUGGACCACCAAGAAAAUAACAUGCCAAGCUGGGAUACUUCUAUAAAAGUGUUUUAAAGUUUUAGGGGUGACCCAUAGAUUAGAAAAAUUGCACUUUGUUUUAUUAAACAGCGCUGCGCUUGUCCAUGUGCAGUGAAUGAAGCUCAUCUCUAAUUCCAGACACAAUUCAUGGACCAUGGUGGCGCUGUUUCAAGACAAAAACAGACCCUUUUUUGCUAAUCUUGGAAAACCCAUUUAAAGAACAGUAGAAAGAUGCAUAGGAACAGAGAAGACAGGCGUCAACCCUCUGCACUGUCUGCAAUAAUCCUUAAACUUUCCAGCCUUAUAUCCUGAAGUGCUUGAACUCUGAUCUUAUGGACCAUCUGCAAUAUCUGCUCCACAUUUUAAAUACAUUAUUUAUUUUUCUGUGC